CUCAACACCAGUGCACUCUUGUGUAAAGACUGACGUCCGCUUGCUUCCUAUCUUCCCCUCCACGUCACUCCUCGACUAUAGGCCCUCCAUCCCCGCACUAACGCCCUUCCAGUUAUCCCGUACUGGCGCCUCACCCACUGGCGCGCUUCCAGCACUGACGCCCUCCGCGCACCGCAGCAAUUAGGCGUUUAGACACUGCCCCGCGCCCUAGCCGCACUAGGCGGGCCAUGACGGUCACGCUUAAAGUCGCGGGCUCGUGGUCCGGGCAGGUUGAGAUUCCGUCGCUGACCGAAUGGACUGUGCGCGAGCUGCGGGCGGAGCUCGCGCGCCUCUCCGGGAUCGACGCGGGCAGCUUGAAGAUCAUUUGCGGCGGGCGCACGCUUAAAGACGAGGCGGAGGCGGAGGCGGAAGCGGAGGCGGAGGGGGAAGAGGAGGCGGAAAGGGAGAGGGAGCGACGCGGGGAAGUGGCGACGGGGGCGGAAGGGAGAGAUGCUGAGGGGAAUAUGGGGGACGCGGAGAUGGGGAAGGGGGAAGGGGGUGGGGAGGAGAAGGGGGAGGGGAAGGGGGGAAUGGAGGGGGAGGGGAAGCGGACGGCGAAGCGGAAGGGCGGGCGGGGGAGGAGCUUAGAGGAGGUCGGGGUGAGGGCGACAUCAAGGCUUCUGGUGACAGGUGGCGGCAAGCGAUUGGGCGGCGAGAUUGCGGCGGAGGGGAAGAGAGUGGUGCAGGAGGAAGCUGCGAGGAAAGAGACGGAGGAGAGGCUGGGGCGGUUGAGGGCGGCAGCAGCUGCCAUUGCGCGGAGAGGCAGGGCAGGCAGGGGAGGCCAAGGCGUGAGGGGCGAUGGUAACAAUGAUGAUGGGGGCAAUGAUGGUGGUGGUGGUGAUGAUGAUGACAAUGAUGAUGCGGAGUUGCUGCUGGAGAAUCAGAGUGGCCAGAGGCUGGAGAUGGCAGCAAUUGAUAAGCGCUCUCUGGUGACUGGACUCCUGCUGCACUCCCACGGCCGCUCUCUCCUCAGCAAGGGAAAUUUCGUGGAAGCCCUCCCUGUGCUGGAGAUGGCUGAGGAAGCAUUCAACAUCUGCGACGCCAAAAUCACUGAGUCAGUCGACAACAUCCCAAUGCUCCUAUUGGACAUCGUAUGGUGCCACUACAUGACGAAAGACGUCGCCAACCUGGCAUCCGCUAAAGGACGGCUCGCUGCCGCCCGGGCUGCUCUGCGCAGGGCGCAUGGAGCAGACAUGUCAAGGCUGAGGAUGCUUCAGGGAAACUUCCGACCUGAGUUAGCUACGUAUCUCCGUCUGGACCUAUUAGACGCAAUUGCAGCAUACCACAGUGGCGACGUGGAACACGCACGCUUGCUGCUCGCAUCAGCUCAGUCCCUGUUUCAGCAGCUGCAAGUCUCGGACGAUUCACUGGCCGGCCUGGCAGCCAUGGGCUUCUCGGCCAAUGAGGCAAGGCGGGCACUGCGCGUGGCGGGCGGCAACGUGAGUCGGGCGGCGGAGUUUGUCAUCUUGCAACGGCAGCGCGGGGCAGAGAAGGCAGAAGAGGACAGAAGACAGAGGCGGCUGGAAAGAGAGCAACGGGCCUAUGGGAGGACGCCAAGUGGCAAGAAGGUGGACAUGCGGCUAUUAGAGGAACUGGUCACCUACGGUUUCGCUCGCCCAGUGGCAGCAGAAUCUCUCCGCCAGAGCGACAACAGCCACCAGAGGGCGCUAGACGCUCUCCUCGACCCCUCCUCCCUCGCUGCUCUCGAGGUGGCAGUGGCGGAAGGGCGGGCGGAUGGCAGCAGGAAGAGGCCCAGCAGGGGAGGUGCGGACAGGGGGGCAGGGGUGCCGUCGGAUGGAUCUGUGGCAGCUCUGGUGGCGCUAGGCUUCUCCGCUCACCAAGCCCGGCUUGCCCUAGAAGGUAGUAACAACGACGUGGAAGCAGCAGCAGCAGCGUUACUGCAGGGGGUGUAUGGGGAGGCUGGAAGUGGGGGCGAGGGGGGCAGUGGGGAAGGGGUCCUAGGGGAGGGGGAGGGCGGGGCAGAGGCAGGAGCAGAGGCAGGGGGGGUAGAUGGGGGUGGAGAAGCAGGAGAAAUGGAGGUUGAGGGAGGGGAAGGGAGUGAGGGAGGGGGUGAGGGAGGGAGUGAGGAGGAGAGAGAUGAGGAGAUGGAGGGGGAGAUAAGGAAGGGUGUGAGUGGCGACCCCUAUGCUGAGUAUGACCUGGAUGUGUCGCUGGAGGCUGCUGCCAUUGAAGAGUACUCCAAGCUGAUCAGCACCCAAGAGAUCAGCUAGUGGUGCCAGUGUGUGGUUGAGAGUGCAAGAUGGUAGGUAUGAGUUUGCAGGGUAUCUUUGAGAAUUCUCACAGCAUGGUGAUGGAAAGGCAAGAUAGUGUGUAUUCUCACUGAAUUGGCCACAUCCGUGUUGCCUGUGUGUAGAGACGACGUGAUUGCAAGCCACAACCUGGCUCAAAAGGUGUCAAGUUGUAUAUAUGCUAUGAACGAACAUCAUAGGUGUGCAGAACUAUUGUGGGUUCUCAACAAAACGGUAGCGCAAUGGUAUCAUUAUGGC